UUAACUUCAGUGCGCGGACCAGGUUCCAACAGUCAAUCUUGCGCAGUCGUUGCGAACGGACGUCCACGUCGCGCCACGCUCAAAGAAAAGCAGAGAGAAAAAGUGUAAAGAGAAAUUCAAUACGAGAAUUAAAGUGAAGAACAAUUCAAAGAGUGAAAGAAACCAAGUCCAAAAACAACAACAAAAUGGUCUUGAACGGAAUGCCCGGUAUGCCCAUGGCCAUGCCCAUUCCUAUGCCUGUGGCAGUGCCGGUGCCAGAGGCCAGUCCUCCGGCUACCACAUCCCGUGUCCAGAUCGACUGGGACAUCAACGACUCAAAGAUGCCAACGGUGACGGAGUUUGACGAGUUCAGCGACUGGGCGAAUGGCCACUGUCGCCUCAUCUACGGACUGCAGAGCGACGAGGCCAGGAAGCAUGCCAGCGGCUGGGCCAUGCGCAACACCAACAACCACAACGUGAACAUCCUGAAGAAGAGCUGCCUCGGAGUGCUCCUGUGCAGCGCCAAGUGCAAGCUGCCGAACGGAGCCAGCGUGCACCUGCGGCCCGCCAUCUGCGACAAGGCGAGGCGCAAGCAGCAGGGAAAACAGUGUCCCAAUAGAAACUGCAAUGGAAGACUGGAGAUCCAGGCCUGCCGCGGCCACUGCGGCUACCCCGUCACGCACUUUUGGCGUCGGGACGGCAAUGGGGUCUACUUCCAGGCGAAGGGCACACACGAUCAUCCGCGGCCAGAGGCCAAGGGCUCCACAGGGGCGCGACGCCUGCUCGCCGGCGGCAGACGCGUCCGCAGCCUGGCCGUGAUGCUGGCCCGGGAUGCGGCACUCAGCGACAAGCUCUGCAGCCUGCGGCCCAGCAAGCGACAGGCCAAAACACAGCUGCCUCAGGAGGCAGGCAGCAAGCGGAAGAGAAUGGAGCUGCCGCAACCACCCAGUCAGGCAGAGCUCCAGGGAGCCACAGCUUCCGCCGCAGCAGCAGCCUAUCUGUCCACAUCCACACCCCACCACAUUCCCUCGUCGAACUACAAUGCCCAGCAGAGCGGCUAUCCAGCGACCAAUGGAAGCCAAUGGAGUGGCGGGGAUUUGUACCCGGCCUACGGACAGCAGGAGGCAGGAGCCGGCGCCUACGACAAUGGAAUGUACAGUGGCUACGGCAUGCUGCACUCGCCACUCUCCUCGCACAGCUCCAACGCCAGCUACUACCAGGAGAGCCUCCAGCAGCAACAGCUUCACCAGCAGCAGCAGCAGCAGCAGCUGCAGCUUCCUUCUGUUCAGGAGACGAUGAAUGCCAGCUACGAGCCACCGAUGAACGCCAGCUACCCGUGUGGCAUGCCGCUGUACGAGAGCUGCGACGACACCUCCAGCCUCACCAGCAGCAGCAGUUCCGGCUACAGUUCCGAGGAUUACAGCUACUUGAAUGGCUAUCAGCUGCCUGCAUCUGGAUCCCUGGAUAUCAGCGGAGGAGCAGGAACAAACGGCCACAAUCCAUCUGCCCAGGAUAGCUUCUACACGACCAGCUCCGAAAUCUUCAGUGUCUUCGAGUCCACAUUGAAUGGUGGUGGCCCCUCUACGGUUGAGUUGUUCUACGACGAGGCAGCCGCCUACCAGCACACGAACUACCAGCAGCAGCAGCAGGACGCUGCAGCGGACUACUACUACAGCAACACGGGAGUGGACAACGUGUGGAACAUCCAAAUGGACGCCGCGAGUGCGUAUCAUACGAGCUCAGGAGGAGCAGCAGCGGGAACAGCGACAACGGAUCCCGUCUAUUGCUAGAGGAAGUCCCCGAUCCCCCCGAUCUCUCCACUCAAGUGUUGUUCUUCUAGUCUGUAACUGAUUUGCUUUCAACCAUUCCUCCCCUCUGUUUGUUGGUUCUAUUAUUAUGUGCUGUAAAUGUACGCCCCCAUCCCAGAGCUACUCCAAAGUUUAAGCCUAAGCAACUGCAUCUCUAAGUACACUCCGUGCAUAAGUAUCUCUUAGAUAAAUAUAUGUUUGAAUUAUUAAGGAUAUUAAGGAUAUUGAGCGACAUCGCCCACCUAUUUAUUGUACGCUCGCAUGAGCCCUUUUUGCGUAGUAAUUAAAUACUUUUGAGACUACCUGGA